AUGAACAAGUUCUAUCCGCUGCCGCCCAACGCCGGUCAUCCUCACGGCGCGCACGUUCCUACUCCCUCCUCUUACUAUCCCGCGCACGCGAACAUCAUCCCGCCUCCAGCCGCGGCCCCGCGGGGCGGAUAUCACCACCAUGACUAUGUCUCGUCGGCGUCUCAACAGCUCACUGCGCCGCCUCGCAGCAUGGUCGCGGACUCUGGUCGCGGUCAUUAUCCAGUGAACAAGAAGACCGCACGCAUUCUCGCAGACGAGCCUCGGCAACAUGGCCCUCGUUCGGGCGACCCUGUUCCGGGCACUCCCCAUUGGAAGGCUGGGGCGCUGCCCCGUGAGGGUGCUGUGCCGCUUAACACUCGACACACCAGCAACCACGAAGGCGCGCAUCAUUCUACGUCUCAUGCCGGCCGCGAAGGCACAGCACCCCCGCGCCGCCUCGACUCGCCACUGUACAAACGGGAGCCUCGCCCAAUCCACAUCGAUAUGCCUUUCAUGCACUUCAACGCAUCGGGCAUGGAAGUCCCUGGUCUCGAUCCUGAGUACCCGGGGUCGAGUAUCAAGAACGGCGACUCCAUGGUGUUCGCCGGAGAGCUCGGCACUCUCGUCUACGUCUUCCAAGCCGAGGGAUAUGCUCCGAUCACUCGCGAGAUCAACCUCAACCACGGACACGGAUAUCACCUCCAGACGCUGGCGGGUAUCGCGUGCGAUCUGAUUCGCGGGUUCUACCGGAACCAUGCGGAGUUGGGAGUCGAUUCUGCCAGAGUUGUGCCAAUGGGCUUGAUCUAUCCUAAGAAGCCAGGCGAUGGCUACGUCGUGGUUGCAGGACUCGCUCAGUAG